CAUUUUUUUUAUAUCAAACCUUGUAUGCGGUCACAAGGAUCCAAUAUUUUUCAGAUUGUAUUGGAUCGGUACAAAGAGAAACUGAUUCAAAUCGAUUUUUUAUAUCAAAACCCUAUUUAUGCAUACAAGGUUUAAUUCUCACCCUAAUAAAUGAAUCAAACAAGCCCUAACUAGGAAAUGAAUUUAAUAAUUGUAAAAAGAUAAAGUGGGUAACCUCCUCUUGCAUUUCCCUUUUUUUGUAUUCUUUUACAUUCUCUCUCUUCUCCUUUUUGUCAUCUUCUUAUACCAAAGACCUUAGUCCCCAAUCAGCUCCCCCUUCUUAUUCUCUCUGCCCAAUCUCCUCUUUGGAUCUUCUUCUUCUUCACAAGGUCUCUUUCUAAAAAACGAUACUAUAGAAGAAGGAGAUAUGGCGCCAGUUUCUUUGCCUCCUGGAUUUCGAUUCCAUCCAACAGACGAAGAACUAGUGGCUUAUUAUCUAAAGAGGAAGAUAAACGGGCAUAAGAUCGAACUAGAAGUCAUCCCCGAAGUUGAUCUCUACAAGUGUGAACCAUGGGAUCUACCAGGUAAGUCUUUGUUACCUAGCAAGGAUCUUGAAUGGUACUUCUUCAGUCCCCGCGAUAGAAAAUACCCAAACGGGUCGAGAACAAACCGGGCUACGAAAGCGGGUUAUUGGAAGGCUACGGGAAAAGAUAGGAAAGUUAACUCACAAAUGAGAUCCGUUGGCACUAAGAAGACUUUGGUUUACUAUAGAGGAAGGGCUCCUCAUGGUGCUCGUACUGAUUGGGUUAUGCAUGAAUAUCGACUCGAAGAGAAAGAAUGUGAAUCCUCUUCCGGCAUCCAGGAGGCAUAUGCUUUAUGUAGAGUGUUCAAGAAAAAUGGAACCGGAAGCAAGCUUGGGGAUCAUUACGUUGGUUCUUCGUCGAAUGUGGGUCAAAUAUCGAGUGAUCAUUCUUCGAGUAUUGAUUUAUAUUCCGAAGGAAGGGGUGAAGAUAUGGAGAGCUCUGAUUAUCAUCAAAUGGCGCCAUUGAUAGACCAAAGAAGCUCACCUAACAUGAUCCAUGGAUCUCCUCUUCAUAUUAGCAGUAGUUCGGGUACUAACAACAAUGUAGAUGAUGGCAACUGGACGAGGUACUUGUCGGAGGAUGCGUUCACCUACGACGUCAACCCAUCGUUCGCAAACUAUGGAUCUGCUUCUUUCCUUCCAUCCAAGGUCGAAGUAGCAAUGGAGUGUUCAAGGUUGCAACAACGUUUCUCGGUACCACCAAUGGAGGUCCUUGACUUUCCUCAAAAUGGAUUCAUGGAUAUGAGAAUGCAACACUCGACUUCUAUACACGGGAGUUCAAAUAUUGGAGGGCGUGACAUUGUGGAGGAAAUUCUUUCGGUAGCCCAAGCAUCUCAUGAACUUAAUAAUUAUAAUCGGAAUUCGUGGACAAGUGGUUACGAUGUGUCUAAUGACUUCUCCUUCCAUCCCUAUGCCAACAAUAUCCAUGAACGUGGGAGUUCAUCGCGGUGGAUGGAUAGUAUAAACAAUUUGGAUGAAGAGUUAGAGUUUGAGAAACCGGUUGAGAACCUAAGAUGGGUUGGAGUGUCAAACAAAGAUUUGGACAAGAGUUUUCUUGAAGAAUACAUAAGUGUUCCUAUAGAAGAUUGUCAUGAACUUCAAGGUGGAAGUAGUCGUAGUAAUGCCAUUGAUCAAGGACCCGAAAACAACAACUUUCAACUUGCAUUCAUCCCCAAAAUUGAGGUUAACCAAGACGACGAUGCUAGCAACAACUUUCUUGACGAUUUCUCCAACACUCCUAGCUUCGAAGUGUACGAGAAAGUUGAGGUUAACCACGGGCUAUUUGUCUCGACCCGUCAAGUGGCCGAGACAUUCUUUCACCAAAUCGUCCCUUCUCAAGUUGUCAAGGUCUAUCUAAAUCCAGAGAUGAUAAAAAACAUCUCGACCGAAUCUCAGCCAAUGAAAUUAAGAUUUUCAGAGAACCCUAAGGAAUCCCCAGAGAAUUAUUUGAAAAGGAUAAAGCCCAUAAUGAGCAUACUGGCCAUUCUUGUGACCUAUUGCUUAUAUGUUGCAUUGGGGGAUUUUGAGGAUGGGAAGUUUAGCUUAGUAAAUGACUUCCAAUCAACUAAGCAAAAUUUGGAGAAAAAUGAGAAUGAGAAAGAAGAAGAGGAAAUUGCAUGGCCAGGAUUGCUGAUGAGCAAGAUCUUGUGGCCGGUAAUCACUGUGGUCUUAGCCAUUUGUGGACUUUUGGUGCACCAAAUGCCAACCCAUUAUUAUUAAUACCCUUUUUGUGGGGGUUAUAAUUUCACUUUUAUUUAAAUAUUUGAUUAUUAGCCAAUUACCAUAUAUAUUAUAUAUAUACUAGUGUGUCAAAAGUGGGGAAGGAUAAGUUAACCAAUCCUAGUUAACAAAGUCCUAUAGAUUUAUUUGAAUUUGAUCAUAUACAUACUGUUUGUAUUAUUUUUUUCAAUUGAUU